AUGCCCGUUCCAAUAGCUCGCGGCGCCGCGGCACGCCUCCCUGCCCUCUGUACACCCUCCUCUUCGACAGCAAUCAGUGCUGCACCACGUCUAUCCCUCACAUCAGCAACCAGCAGCACUUCUGCAUCUCCGGCUUCGUCUCGAUCCCUUGUCAGCUGGUCUCGUGCGUCGAGCAACCGUCCCCGCUCGUGCGGCUCGUGCGGCUCCCAGCUUUCAUCGUCCUUCACCUCGACACGAUCCUUCACAGCUUCCGCCUCCCGUUCUGCCUCCCCGAAAGAUCCGUACUCUGUUCUUGGCGUCAAAAAGGAUGCAGACGUCAAGGACAUCAAGCGCGCUUACUACGGUCUCGCAAAGAAGUACCACCCAGACACCAACAAGGACAAGGAUUCGAAGGAACGCUUUGUAGAGAUACAGAACGCCUACGACCUGCUCAGCGAUGACAAGAAGCGUGCUGCCUAUGAUCAGUACGGUACGACCGACGGUCAGCCCGGCUUCGACCCCUUCGGAGGCGGAGGCUCGUCCCCCUUCGGCGCAGGCGGUUUUGGCGGAUUCCAGGACUUUGGCGGCUUCUCCAACUCGGGUGACGCAGGCUCCAUUUUCGAGAGCCUAUUUGGUGCCUUUGGCGGCGGAGGCAGGCCUGGUGGUCAGCGUGGGCCGGGAUUCGGUGGAGCAGGCUUUGCAGGAGAAGCGCGAGGAGAGGAUCUCGAGACCACCGUCAACCUCAGCUUUGAGGAAGCGUGCAAGGGCUCCAAGCGCAAGGUGGUCAUCAACCCAAUUGAACGAUGUGGCACCUGCACCGGAUCUGGUCUCAAACCUGGCGCCAAGAAGAGCACAUGCGCCACCUGCGGUGGCACAGGUACCCGCACCUUUGUCAUCCAGAGCGGCUUCCAGAUGGCAACAACGUGUCCAUCGUGCGGAGGUGCCGGCUCUAAGGUCGCACCCGGCGACAGCUGCAACACCUGUGAUGGCGUCGGUAGGGUUCGCGGACGUAAAGAGGUCGAGAUCGAUCUCCCGGCCGGUGUCGACGAUGGCUUCCGUAUCCGCAAGGAUGGGUUCGGCGACGUUCCGAUCUCUGGUGCAGGCACGCCCGGCUCGCUCUACGUACGCAUCCACGUAGCACCCAGUCGUAUCUGGAGGCGACAAGGCUCGACGCUCUUCUACCCAGCUACCAUCCCUGUCCACACGGCUAUUCUCGGCGGCAAGGUCCGCGUACCGACACUCGAUGGCCCCGUCGAGGUGCGGGUGCCAGCGGGUACGCAGGUGGGUGAGGAGAUGAUGUUGCCCGGCCGCGGUGUUCCAUCACCGACACGACGAGGACAAAAGGGCGACCUGAUCGUCCAAUUCGAAGUCAGCAUGCCGCGUUCGCUCACCAAGCGACAGCGCGAGAUCCUGCAGCAGUACGCCGACGAGGUCGAGGGUCGAUCCUCGACGACCGCAUCCAGCGAUAGUACCUCGUCGAGCAAGGGCGCCAAGACAAGUGCAGUGGCAGGCGGAAGCUCAUCUGCAUCGUCAGCCAAGGAGACGCCCAAAUCAAGUCAGUCGGCGUCUUCCGCUUCUGCCUCAUCGUCUGGCUCAAAGACCUCUUCGGCUGCAUCCGAGACAAAAGCAUCAACGAAAAAAGCAUCACCAGGUAGGUUCACAAUCCAUGCUUCCUCGCGCUCCGACGCCGCAACCGAUGCUGCGGCCCAGGCUGAAGCCCGGUCAGAGACUGCCUCCUCCCAAGACCAAGGAACCUCGUCCGAUGGCGCGUCAACGCAUUUGGAGGACCAGCAAAAAGGCUUAUUGGGUCGCGCAUGGGACUGGUGGACGAGUCGCAAGUGA